UUAGGCUUGGGGACGCAGCAGCCAUUGCAGAGCUUCUUCCAGCUUCUUCUUCUUCUUCUAGAUUGAAUCUGGAAGUUUCUGCAGUUUACAGAAAGCGAUCGAUUAUACUCGUUUAGGUGCGGGAGAGACCAAAUAUGGUUGGAUCUGUACUCAGAACUGACAGUCGCAAUAUCAAGUUCUGCUGUAGCUACGGCGGUCGGAUUAUUCCACGUUUCCCCGACGGAGAGCUCCGGUACCACGGCGGAGUGACGCGUGUCCUUUCCGUCAAUUAUUCCGUUUCCUUUUCCGAUUUGUUGGUGAAGAUGGAGGAACUGUGUGGAUCUCCGGUGAGUCUAAUUAGGUGCAAAUUGCCGACGGAGGAUUUGGACGCGUUAGUGUCCAUAACUUCCGACGAGGAUCUCGCGAAUCUAAUCGAGGAAUACGACUACGCCUCCGCGGCGGAGGAACCGCCGAAGUCUCUGAAGAUUCGAGCGUUCCUUUCAGUUACCAAAAGCCUGAGUAAGAAAUUGUCUUCGCCUUCCUCCUCUUCUUCAUCUUCCUCUUGCAGUAGCGACGGUUCGCCGCCGAAGUCGUCGUUCUACUACUGCGGCGGCGGUUUGCCGCCGAGGUAUCCGAGCUCGACCGGCGGCCGAUGCGUUCGGAAGGCGUCCUUUCCUGCGGCGUACCCCGUUGUUGUGGGAAGAUCUGGCGGAGAAAUCCCUAAACGAUACGUAUAUUCUCAGUAUCUGAAGGGCAGCCAUGGAUAUGGCGGCGAAGUUUUUAUUGGCCACAGUAGCUAACAGAAAUGUAAUUUCUGGCAAUAGCAAAAUAUUGAGGAAACAGAACCAAUUAAUUAUAUUAUAAAAGGAGAAAAAAUUUAAAAAAUUAUAUAUAUAUAUAUGUAAUAAAUAUUUUAUAUAAUGAUAUAUGUAUAUGUGUUAAAUUUUGAUGUACAGCUGAGAUGAUAGAAAAUGGCUCAAUUUCACAGAAUAUCAUGUAAUAGGUUAAGAAGGCCCCAUUUUUGUUGGUCUUUUGAAAUGGAGAUUCACAAAAUUUUUAGCAUUA